AUGUCGUCCAGUGGUGUAAACCGGCCGACCAACGUCCAACUCAAGGAGAAGGACGUCAACCAGAAGCUGCAGCUUUAUGGAAUCUAUUCCGCAUUCUCCAAUGGCAAGGUUCCAUCGAACAAGCAAAUUGAUGUUGCGCUCAAUAGCGCUCUCGCCUCGAAGCCAUUGACGAGCCCUUCGAAAAAAUUGUCAGAAGAAGGACAGCACCUUGUUGCCGACCUUCGUGAGGUCAUUGAACAAGCAAAGUUUCUGCUUCUUACAAAGAAUGAAGGAAAUCUCCUCCAGGACUUCAUCUGGCAGACUCAGAAAAUUAAUGGCGGUGGCGCGCAAGUGCCCUCGGCGGACUUGGAUAGAGAUACCGCUCAGCAGCAUGGAAACCAGGCUUUGGACGGCCUCCGUACCCUGGGAACUUUGAUCAUUUCCAAUGGACAGUUUAGAAAACUCCUGAGUGAUGCAACUAUCCUUGCACGAGAUAUGGCGGGUGAUGCUGCUCAGAAAGCUGCCAACAAGGUGAAUCCUAACCAGGAGCAGCUAAAUCAGAUCGACCGCCCCGCUGAGGACAACACUUGGCAUGAAGUCCCGGACUUCUCCAAGCAGAACAUCAAGAACCAGAUCAAGAACCAGUAUGACACGCAAAAACCAUUUUCUCAGCAAGACGCCCAGAAUGCCCUUGGAGACGCCACCCAAGCUGCGCAUCCUGCCGGAACGCGCGAUCCUGCUCAAGCGGCGGAUCUGGCGGCCCAGGAUCAGCAAUACGGCACUUCGUCUGGCCUUGAUGCCGAGGCGGGCGCUCGGGCUGGAGCUCAAAACUUGAAAGAUCGUGCUUCUGAAAAUGUUCCUCAAGAAACUAAAGAUCGUCAAGCAAAGGCUGUGCACCGUACCAAGAAUUACUUGUCGGACAAGAUGCCACAGGAGCGCAGGGAGCAGACCAUUUGGCGCCUGAAGAAGAUGAUUGUUGAGAUCCAGGGCCAUCGUGACUAUCAGCAGGCUAUUGAAACUUUGUUGGAUCUCGCUGAGACUUAUACUGGUCAUGCGAAAGACCUGACGCAGCAGGGCGUUGGAACAGGUAAAGCUGCACACAAGGACAGUGCACUGCAGGCCGCUGAAGCCGACUUGCGAACUCUGCUCGAGCGCUUUGCCAAUAGCACAUCAGCUGACGAUUUAUUCGAUGCUAUCAAUAAUAUUUAUCGCGACUCCGAUAGGGAUCCUGAGCUCAAGAACUGGUUCAAACAAGUCGACAGCUAUAUCCGAAAGUGUUUGCAAGAGCAGGGAUUUGUCCUUGAAGAUGCUGCAAAUGAAGAAUGGAAUCGCCUCUACGACCGUGGAAACUUCCUUCUUCGAGAGCGCUAUCGGGACCACUUUGACCACCUUUUGGACGAAUUCAAGUUCUUGGGUGAUCAAUUCGAGGCCGACCCGCAGAACAAGGAAUUUGGCUUGGCAGUAAAGAAGCUCUUCACCGAUCUCGGCAAUGAUGAGAACGGCAAGCCAGUCUUCAAGAAGCAUCUGGUCAAGGACCUCAGCAGCGUUAUCAUUCCCGCCAUCUUUGAGAAUGUUCGCUAUGUGCCCAUUCCGCGAAUCGAAUACAGCGAUCCAACCAUGGAUGCGGUGAUUGAGAAUCUUGUCAUCGAAAGCGACAAUCUCAUGCCAAACGUGCUUGAAUUUGGCAGUGACAACUAUUUCAGGUGGGGUCGCAAGAAGAUUAGCAACAAGAAAUCGAACAAGGUUAUGCUUUCCGUAUCUGGCGUUCAGAUGGACCUCAGAGAUGUGAGCUAUUAUAUUAAGAAGAAGCAGGGCUUUCCAUCGCUCACCGAUAUUGGCGUUGCCGAUAUUUUCCUCGGCGGCCAGGGCUUGAGUUUUAAAGUCAAGCUUGCAACUGCCGAGAAAUCUGAUAAUCAGCAUUUCUUCAAGAUUGAGAAGGUGGAUGUUGACGUCAAGCACCUCAAUGUUAAGCUGAAGCAGUCUAAGCACAAGCUGCUCUUCAACGUGUUCAAGCCGUUGCUCUUCAGAGUGAUUCGACCCGCUCUGCAGAAGGUACUGGAAAAGCAGAUCAAGGACUCUGUCAAUCAGCUUGACGGACUUGCCUACGAAAUCCACCAGGAAGCUAAGGCGGCAGAGCGCGCCGCCAAGGAGGACCCAGAGAAUGCUCCAAACAUCUACUCGCGAUAUGCUGAAGCCGCCCAAAAGAAGGUGAUGCAAGGCAAGAAGAAGACGGAAUCGAUUGUUUCGGAGAGGAAAGUCAAUGUUGCCGUUACUCAGAAGGAUUCCAUCUUCCAGGACAUCAAAUUGCCCGGUGGAAUUUCGACCAAGGCGACCGAGUAUAAGGAGCUUGCCGCCAAGGGUGAGAAGUGGGAAUCCCCUGUUUUCAGCAUUGGAUCUGCCUCUGAGUCUUCCAACCUUCCCAAGGUAGAACGCAUCUCCCGCAAGCCGCAUCAAACAGCAACUGGAGGUAUCCGAGGUCCUCAGAAUUCGGGCCAGACCAACAGUAACUUUGCUGGUCAGAAUGGUACCGGGACGGGUUCGGGUGGAUACAGCGAUCCGGCCUUUGGAAACCAGAACUUUUUGAAGAUGGAAGUUAAUGGUGGCCCAAAUGCUGCGGACCGCAAUAAUACUUUCUUUGGUCGAGAGAACCCCGUCUACGCUGGGUCCUCUUAA